AUGUUGUGUCCAAAGAGAGAGAGAAAGAGAGAGAGUAUGAGGACCCAUCCACCGCCCAUAAGCACGCAGUCUUUCUGCAAUCAAAUCUAGUUUGGAUCUGUUCUUCUCCUCAGUCUAACCCUAACCCAACACUGCAUCUUCUCUCCAAAAAUAAGAGAACAAGCUUCAACCUUUUUCUCUUCCCUCUUCAACGGAAACUCCAAUUUACACCGCUUUCACCAUUGAAAGCCCCACCAAUUGAACGUUUUUAGAGGCAAGUUGAAGUAGUAGUACAAGUCAAGUUAAUCUCAAUCACGACUUUGGUGACCUGGCCUGCACCAAUCUCAAUCUCCUAUUUCCGUUUCUAUCAUCACUUGUCACUGCUACUCGCUACAAGUUGGAUUCAUCAAAUUAACAAGAUUGAUCUUCAAGAAAAGCCAAGCCUGGUCAAAUAUAACAGAACUCUAUUAUACAUCGAAUAGAAUCAUAUAACCGCAAUGGAUCCAAUCUCGGCACAUGGUCAUUCCCUCCCCCCUCCUUUUCACACAAGAGAUCUCCAUCUGCACCACCAGCAGCAACAACAACAACACCAGUUCCAAAGCUUAAACCAAGCCACCGAGGACGAGAACAGCGGCAGCAGCGGCGCGCAGAAAAGGGAACGCGAAGAAAACAGCAACGGCAACAACGAAGGUGCAGGUGAGGCUGAGAUAACAAGAAGGCCUCGAGGAAGACCAGCAGGGUCCAAAAACAAGCCUAAGCCACCCAUUAUCAUCACCCGCGACAGCGCCAACGCCAUGAGAACCCACAUGAUGGAGGUGGCAGACGGCUACGACAUCGUGGAAAGCGUGUCUGAGUUCGCCAGGAAACGCCAGAGAGGGAUUUGCAUCAUGAGCGGCACCGGCACCGUCACCAACGUCACCCUCCGGCAACCGGCUUCAUCGGGUUCGGUUGUCACUCUUCACGGAAGGUUCGAGAUCUUGUCCCUCUCGGGAUCGUUCCUUCCACCACCUGCGCCACCGGCCGCGUCUGGUUUGACCAUCUAUCUGGCCGGUGGUCAGGGACAGGUGGUGGGAGGAAGCGUUGUUGGAACACUGGUUGCUUCAGGGCCCGUGGUGAUCAUGGCCGCCUCGUUUAGCAACGCUGCUUAUGAGAGGCUUCCUUUGGAGGAUGAGGACCCUAAUUCGCUGCAAAUGCAAGGAGGUUCAAUUGGGUCACCCGGUGCAAGUGGUGUUGGCCAGUCACAGCUUCUAGGAGGGGAUGCUACCGCUCCACUUUUCCAUGGUUUGCCUCCUAACCUUCUCAAUUCUGUUCAGAUGCCAUCUGAGCCAUUCUGGGCGGCAUCUACUCGCCCACCUUUCUGAUUAGGGUCUGCUUAGAUAAACAACUUGGUUCAAUAAAUUCUUGUUCAACGACAAGAUUUUAUUGUCAAAUUUGGCUGCCGAGAUUAUUCAUAUGUGCUACAAAGAGGUGAUGAGAAAGUUAUAUGUUAGUAUUUUCAUAAGUUCAAAUAAACUCUUCCAAUUGUCCCAUCAGUGUCACCAUAAGUACUUCAACAUUGCUGCUGUUCUCUUCACUCUUAUAGUUAUCUGUUAGCUUUUGUGGUGGUGGUGGUGGUGGGAGAUAUUGUAAGACGUUCAUUAAGUUAGGGAUGUUGAAAGUAGGAAUUAAUUGAGGUUUCUUGCUUCUUUAAUUUGUGUGUCAUUUUGAUUAUUAGGUGAUAUAAAAUGUUUUCUUUUACAUGUAUUCGAGACUGUAAUUAAACUGAUGAAUAUUUAUAUCCUUGGUGAGUUUGAUUCUGUUGAUGGCAA